AUGCCGCGGUUCUCGGAUGCCGGUCAAGGUGAACCUCACCGUAAGGCCCUUCAAAUGGAGGGCCGCGAUGACCAGAAUGCGAUGCCUCCGAUGCCUUCCCGUUCAAUGAACGGCCCCAUGCAUGGAGGGCAGCAGAACGAGCCACCGCGAGACGACUUGCCGAACGGGAGGCAACCGUGGAAUGCCGACAGCGAGCCGAUUCGGAGUGAUAAACCGUUGCAGGGCAACCCGGAUCAGCCUCAGGACGACAAGCGCGUCGAUUCACCACACGGACUUCCUGGUGAGCACGAAGAUCAUGGAGACCAAGACGAUACCCCGCACGGCCGAGACCAUCUACACCGACACGGCUCCGACAAGGGUUCGUGGCACGGAAGUGGGAGCGUCGACGGUCGUUUUCCUCCCCCACCUGAUGCAGGCGGCGACGAGCAGCAGCCGCCGGGAGUCGGCGGAGGUCGUGGUGUGGACGGCCCCAGGACUGCCGAUAACCGCGACGACCACAACUCGCCACUAUCGCUUGCUGGCAGCGGCUCUGUGGGUGUGGUGCACGACGUGGGAGCUGGGAAUGGCGAGGUGCGUCCGAGCGAGGUCCAGCCUCAGUAA